GUGAUGCACGACCGUUUCGACGUACGGUUUAGAUUACGUGUACGCCCUAAGAGAAAACAUCAUCUAACACAGUCGCAUUAACGUCAAUAACUGUGCGCAACGUUCCGACAGGCAGAUGUGUGUUCGUUCUCUUCCCUAUUACAAAAAUAUUCCAUCUUUCUUUGUUCCGAAACGUUAUAUUGCAUGCAAUUUUUAUUAAAGAAUUAUUCGGUUUCGAUUGUGUGGAUACCUUCGUGUAGAUACUUUUUCAGACGUACGGUUGAGCUACUCGCGUUAAGAUCGUUUGCAUCAUUUGCUCGCGUUGUUAUUGUACUCGGUGGUGUUUUGUCCCAACAAUUUACUGAUAAAUAAAUAAAAAGAAAUUAUUUUAUUUUGUGUUUAUUUCAUCAAAUUUUUAUCGAAAUAACAAAAAAAUUAUUUGUUCAAACCAUAAUUAUUAACCACAUCAGCAGAGGAUAACUUAAGGUCGCGGAAACUGGAAAGAACAUGAAACGAUGUGAUUCUGAAACAAAUUUUCUGUAAAAAAAAAUUACAUACAAGAAUGGUAUAUGAACCAAAAGUGCUAUUAAAUUGUUAAGGGCGCGCUGAUUAUAAGUGGUAGUGAACAUUGAAAACAUAAUAUUUCAGAAUGGGAUAAUGGCGUCUGAAAGGAUCGAAAAGGAUAUAACAAAGAAUCGUCAUCAAAUCCUACCCGUCAGGAAUCGGUUGAAUACAAUGGAUUCAUUUCAUUCACUGUUCGAAGCUCGUCUGUUAUUAUCCAAUGAUAAUAACCACAACCAGCGAAUAACCAAAUCAUCAAAUGAUUCGCUUAUGAAUGACGAUGAUGACGACGGAUACGAUGAUGGUAGCGGUGAUUAUGGUAUUGGCGGUAGCAUAGACAGCAUUGUGGAUGACAAUGGUUGCGGUAGUUGUAAUGGUAAUAGUCGGUGCCAUAAAUUCAGUUUUACAACACCAUCAAAAAAGUUACGAGCAAAGUGUUCGAAGACAAUUUUUUGGCAAUUUUUAGUCACAGUGAUAUAUACGCUAUUAUACUUUUCACCAUCAACCUGUUUGGCAGCUCGACAAGAAGCAACAAAUUGUACGUUCCCGCAGAGAUGGGAAGGAUCAUGGUUUUUAAGUGGGAACCAACAACCUGUUUUUAUAAAAGGUUCUACACUCAGCUUUCGUGGCAAAUGUGUGGCAUCAGAUGGUGACAAAUUUUUAAUCGUAGACGAUAAGGGAUGCCAUCGGUGUUUGGUCAUCUAUGAAAAGCACAAAAAUGUUUUGCAGUAUAAAGAAAGUGAGUGCGAAGGUGACAAUAUGUAUAUGGAUCAAUCGAAUCCAGCCGCAAUGCCAGUACAGCAACUGCGUAUUUUAAAAAGUGAUCACAGGGGGGGAGCUCAUCCCAAUACGAACGGGCAUUCAAGAAUAUCGACAUCGGAUCAAUUUCCGAUGCGAUCCAAUGACGAUAGUAAUGAUUGUCCCUCAGAUUAUUGCAAGGGCCGUGAAACCCUACAGAAUUUGUGCGAACAAAUCGCAGGUGACGCAUUACUUUACAGUUUGUUUAAAGAAAAUGCCGAACCGGUCAAAUGUCCGUUGAGAGGACCAUUCACGUUCACGUAUAAUCGGGGACAUGGUGAAUGCAAAAAUCCCGUAUCAAAUAUUGAUAGUUGCACAGAAGACAGCCGAUUACUGUUAAGUUUUCAAGCUUGUCCAGACGUUUCAGGCACUGAGAGUACUGUGGAAGAACUUACCUGUCUAGCCGCUUGGAAGGAUGGAAAUUCCAGAUAUUUGGUUGGAUUAGUGUCACAUCAUCAUGCUGUGUCGAAUGAGGAACGUUAUCGUUGUUUUGUUUACGAGAAAAUCUCCUCUCUAGGCGGUAGUUCUAAAGAUGCCGAAUACAAACUGGCUCAGUCUGGCGAUGCAACAUGCAACGGUUUGGAUAGUGCCGAGGUUGGAUCACGUAUCAUGACAUUACGUAAGGCGCCUCCAGCAGAAAGAUGCGAUUUUCCAACGUGGUUUAAAGGACCACGCCACUGGCAUGCAUUAAUGAAUAAUGCCGGUUACAUAUUUCAUCCGAAUGAUGGAUCGAUGCACAUAACUAAGCAAAGUGGAUUCAUGGAGACAAGAGCUUUGUGUGAACAAAUUAAUAAGCAAACGGCCACAGAAAUGAUGGCGGUUGUUCAUUACACCACCGGAUGUCAAUCAGGAUUUAUGUGCAUGAUGUUUUAUCGACGAGACACACAUGUGGCUGAAAUUCAGAUGGGUACACCAGCUGGAACUGUCGCGGAUGCAUGUGCAAUGUCUAAUUUUGACAUAAACAAAUUGUCGUACAUUACUCUGUUAGCAAGUAAUCCCGAAUCGCAAGAAUGUCCACUGGGUGGACUAUACAAUCUUAAAGGCGCCAUAGGCCCACCAUAUAUAUCAUCGCGUCAUAAACGAAACCAUAGCAAUAAGAUGCACAAUCAUCAUCAUCAUGAGACGGGUGGCCAUCGAAGACAUUCAACGCUAAGUUUUCGCAAUUCGGAGGACUUUGAUCAUGGCUCCUGGCACAUGCAAACACGCGGCAUUCCGACUAGAAAUCGACGAGAGACCAGUGACGAAAUCGUCGACCAUGAUAAUUUCAAAAUUUCACCACAGUCGAACGAUCAGAGAGUAGAACGAAGAAAUCUUCGCAAGCGAAGGGAUACGAAAGUGGUGGAGAGAGCGUUGAGCGUGAAUACGAGUGUAAAUGACACCCAAAGAAGCAGAAGAGACGUUCCAGGUUGUGUAGUUAAUUACAAUGCACAGCGACAAUUGUUGGUAGGAUGUACAGAACCAAAUGUUAUUGAGGUCAGACCUCAGUGUAGUGAAGAUAGUGAUGAAGAAUAUAAUUGCCAUGGAUCAUGGACAGAAAAUUCAACUGUUUUUAUAAUAGCAAAGCAUGUUGGAUCACAGCACGGUAUUUGCAUUACCUAUAGACCUUUGGAAGGUAAUUCAGUGCGACUAGUUGUCGGCGACGGUUGCCAUAGAGGCACUCUACCACCUCCGGAUCAUCAUUUAACUGCAAAUCUCACCGUUCGUGGUAAAUGCUCCGACACAAACUUAUCAUGUCCUGUGUCAACCAGCAACUGGAUCGUAAUUUGUAUUUUAUCACUUUUAUUAGUAUUUACAAAUAGAUGACUUCAUGUCUACACCAUUUAGAACAAAAACAAUUUGUAAUCAAUGAAAGUCUAAAAUAAAAGAUAAAAAAAGAUGAAAAAAAAACUAAUUUUGUUUUCAAAGAAAAAAGUAAGAGAAAAAAAAAUGUUUUAAAAAAGAAUUUAUUAGAGAAUUUUUUGAAAGUAUUGUAAAUGUGGCUACAAUUAAUUAAAAAUUAACAAUAUUUAGUAAACUUAAAAAAGAAAACAAAAAUGAAAAUUAAAAGGGAAAAAAUAUUAUCUGUCAACAACAAUUUUAAAUUAAAAAAUAAAAUGGUAGCACAACACCAGUUUGAAGUGGGAUGGUAAUUUGAUCGGAAUAUUUUCAAUUCUUUUGCUAUUUAUAGUUCAGUUGUAUAAUUGUUCCAACUAUUAUAAAAUAAUAUAAACUGAAAUUGUUAUGUCACUGACUGUGGUGCAGACACAUCAACAUUAGACAUUACUUUCAAACAUCUCGCGUCAAUUAAUUCUUUAAUUUAAACGGAUAUAAUAAUAAUGGUUCGUUAUAAAUGCAAAGUAAAAAAAAAAUAAAAUUUAAAUUAACACAAGGAAAGGACUUGAGUAAAU